CACUGCCGUGGUUGCGCAUCAGCUCAGCUGGGUAUCAACCAUCAGCAAAGAGCCCUUUAACAGAAGUUUCUAGUCUGAGGGGACCUCCUUGAAAGAGCAUAGUUGGACAUCACGUACAAACAAGGACCUAAAUUAUAACUUUAGCACACGUCCCUGUUUUCACCUGCGUACAUCUCCAAAGUAGCAUCAGGAAAGGGAUAUUUUUUUAGCUAGAAGUUGGCUGUUUGCUUGUUGAGUUUUGUAGCUAGCUACCCAGCUAGCAUUAGCUAGAUGUGGUUUGUUUGUCCUAUUCCAAGCACUAAAGGGUCCUGUGUUUAUAGAUACUGCACAGAAAGGGUCAAUUAAGCGAACACAGCAUUGGAAAAUCGGUUACACCAUGAAUCCUGAAUAUGAUUAUUUGUUCAAGCUUCUCCUCAUUGGUGAUUCUGGUGUGGGAAAGUCUUGCCUCCUUUUACGAUUUGCUGAUGAUACCUACACAGAGAGUUAUAUAAGCACAAUUGGUGUCGACUUCAAGAUCCGAACCAUUGAGCUAGAUGGAAAGACCAUCAAACUGCAGAUAUGGGAUACAGCUGGUCAGGAGCGUUUUCGCACCAUCACGUCCAGUUACUACAGAGGAGCACAUGGUAUCAUCGUUGUAUAUGAUGUCACUGAUCAGGAGUCUUACAGCAACAUAAAGCAGUGGCUUCAAGAGAUUGACCGCUAUGCCAAUGAGAAUGUCAACAAGCUGCUUGUGGGCAACAAGUGUGAUCUCACCACUAAGAAAGUGGUUGACUACACCACAGCUAAGGAGUUUGCAGACUCCCUGGCAGUCCCCUUCUUGGAGACUAGCGCUAAGAAUGCCACCAAUGUCGAGCAGGCCUUCAUGACCAUGGCAGCCGAGAUUAAGAAACGGAUGGGCCCGGGGGCCACGGCCGGAGGAGAUAAGCCCAACUUAAAGAUCGACAGCACCCCCGUGCGACAGUCAGGUGGAGGGUGCUGCUAGGACUGACCCGCUUUUAUCGUCUAGUCGUGUAACAGGGCAGGGGCUGAACUUGGACUCUUGCACAGAAGCAAGAAGGGCACAAAUGUGGUGGCAAUGGAAUGGAAAGAGGUGGAGGGCAGCAGAGAGUGAGACCUUUGGUCCUACAUUUAAAUAGAAGCUCAAAGUAACACACACAGUACACUUUCUAAUGAAAAAAAUCAGUUUCAAAUUCAAACCAAAAUACAUUUUGUCUUACCUACAGGAUUGUCCCUAUUUACAGAAUUUGCAUUUGAAUUUGUGAUGACACUUAAACAUACAUUAACAUCGGCUUGACGGGGGAAAUUGAAGGUUAUAGUGAUGUUAUAAUGACACAGUGUCUUAUACAUGUAACCUAUGGCCUUUUAUUUUACAGCUAGGUGCUCUUCAUACCUUUUCUCUCAAUGUGCUUAGUACAUUCUGAUAAUUUUCUUUUAAAGGAAUGAAAACUAUACUGUUAUUUAAUGAUGAUGGUGGCAAGGAUGAUUGUGAGUGAUGGAUUUGAUAUACAGUGUCCACCAUUUUUAAUAUGAAACGUCUAUAAUUCAUGGUCAAAUUCUCAACAUAUCUCCAUAGAUUAUGAUAUUUGUUGUGGCAUGAGGUUCAGGUCAUGUUUAAGAGUCCUCCAACAAGUCAGUCUAGGACUGGGACAAUGUGGAAAGGUCAUAGCAGCAAUAUAGGGUACCAUCAUCUCAGCUGUCAUUGGUUUGAUAAAACAGUUUUUAUUAUUUUGUUGCUGUUUUAUUGUGGUCUUUUAUAUAAAUAUGUUUUGCUUGGGUCUCCAUCAACUAUUUUAAUUGUAACUGUAUCAAUGAUUGUGUAAUUUAACGCUGUUUAAGCCAAUUGUCUUACUUUGAGAAUAAUUCUUAUAGACCAGAAUCUACAGAGAUGUGGUUAAAUCCACUUUCAUAUAUUUAUGUUAUUGUAUCAUCCAGUGUCUUUGGAAACACUCCUUGGUUAUAACCCUGUGUUGACAUCUGUUUGGCAGUUGGCAUGUUUCUGUGUUGCAAGGUUUUUUGACUGAAAUGGAAUGCCUCCUUGCAAACAAGCUGAAAAGAUUACUUUAUACACACUGCGGAUGUCACCACGUUUCCAAGGAAAUACACUACUUUUUAUUCCCACCUCACAUGAGAAUGUUUCAUCGUAUAAAGGAAGGGCUUAGUAUUAAGAACCCAGAUUCACCAGGUCCUGGCUCAUUUGAGAAACUCCGUUGCAGACAUGAUAAAAUUCACUGGAAAUUUCAGUGUAAAUGUGCUGAUAACAUGACAGCUAGUUAACUACUGUGAGCUAUUGACACUUACAUGCUGAAGCUGUUUUUGUAAUAAUGUGUGGACACAUGCUGUCACAUAAUGUUUUUGACUUAUGAAAUAAAUAAUUUUGCAUGCGA